AUGUACAGUACAUUCGCUCCGAUGAGAUUUGCUCCGUACACACCACUGGCUAUGCCAACCCAGAGAUUUCAACAGCAAGCCCCCGAGGCGCUGUGCUCGUGUUGUUUUUACAAUUCAAGCUGCUGUUAUUCGAAUUACGGUUCGGGAUUUGGGUUGUAUGGAUGUGCUGAAGUGCUUCCAAAGCCUCCGUAUUCGUACGUGGCUCUCAUAUCCAUGGCUAUCAAGAGCUCCCCCGAGAAAAAAGUCACAUUGAGCGGGAUUUACCAAUUUAUUAUGCUGAAUUUUCCGUACUACCAGCAGAGCAGAAGAGGCUGGCAAAACAGCAUCAGACACAAUCUCUCGCUAAACAAAUGCUUUGUGAAAAUUCCCCGAGACAAAUCAGAUCCAGGAAAAGGCUGUUACUGGGCGCUAGAUUCGUCCUUUGAGGAAAUGUUUGAAGAAGGACGAUUUUGGAGAAGAAAGCGCAGGCCAAAACACACCGGGCAAGCGAGAGACCCACAGGACGAAAUAUCGACAAACCCAACCAGGGAAGACGAACGAACUGCAGAGAAAGAUGCACAGAAAGCUGACGGCACAAAGUCUCGUACCGAAAACGAAGACAGGAAGCUAAAGACUUCCGACAAUGAGCUUUAUCGUGUAAAUUCUUCGGAGUUGUCAAGCGUAAUGACUGGACAAGGACGAUGUUUUUCACAACAAAGACACUCUACCUACCCCGGCGAGCAGAAGCUAACCACGGCUAUCAAUCAGAGUGUUCUCGGUGCAAAACGCAAUUCGCCAGCUUGUGGUUUGAAAUUCAGCAUCGAGAGUCUCCUUAACCGAUGA